CCUUCCAUCCUAGAGAGGCCUCGGUCACACUGCUAUAAAAAUCCCAUCGUUCCCACCCACAAACCAACCCAACCCAACCCGGUCCACUAUCCAGAUCCAGAUUCUGUAUCCUGACCCUGCUCCUGCCUGCGAUCCCCAACCCCAAUCCAAGGACCAGACCAAGAGCAACAGGGAAAUCAUGAGCGCCAUGGUCGCGUCGUCGCUUAACCCGGAGGCCCCGCUCUUCAUCCCGGCAGCGUUACAGCAGGUGGAGGACUUCUCACCGCAGUGGUGGGACCUCGUCAAGUCCAGCGCCUGGUUUCGCGACCACUGGUACCACCAGCACCAGCAGCUCGACGAUAUGGCCGACUCCCUCAUCGCCUUCGAGGCCGAGGACGCCAUCGCCGUCGAGGCUUCGCAGCCGCAGCCGCAGCCGCCAGCGGCACUCAAGAUUGACGGGGUGCUCAAGGCACUGAGCCUGUCGUCCCCAAGCCCAAAGGGCGGCGACGCCCUGCGUGGCUUCUCGGAGAAGCCUAGGUACACCGAGAAGCCCACCAAGUACGCCGGCAGCCCGAGGAGCGGUGGCGCACCCCGCUUCAUCCACCAGCCUCGCUAGGUUGGGAUGCCAAGCUUAAAGAAUCGAGCAGAUCCUGCGCCUUUUCUGCCUGCAGUGAUGCAUUGCUCUGCCUUCUUCUAAUACACCAUCUGUCCCAAAAAUAAAUGUCUCAAACUUAAUACAACUUUGUACUAGCUCUAGUACAAAGUUGAGACACUUAUUUCGAGACGGAGGGAGUAGUAAGUAGUGGCGUCCGUUUGUAUAUUAUAUUAAGUAGAAAUGAAAUGACCUAAGAAAAAGGCAACAAAAUGCAACCGAUGUUUAGUGUGAUUUGCCUUGUAAGUUAUGUUGUGCCCAGUGCGUUGGACAAGAAUGUAUAGUAGAAUGCACCCUUGUUAUUGCGUGGCCAAGCAGCUUACUUUUAAUUA